AUGAAUACUUCUAUUAAGGAUGAAUGUGAACUAGUAUAUGAGGAUGAAUGUGUGGAGAUCUGGGAUGAGGAAUGUACAACACAUUACAACCAGGAGUGUGAGACAAGUAUUCACACUGAGUGCCAAACUCAAGAAGAUGAGGUAUGUGAGACGGUUUACGAGGAGAAGUGUAGUGAAGAGAAGGAAUGUGAAGAUGAGGGAUAUCAGUCAGAGGAGUCGAAUAAGUGCGAACCUAGAGAAAAGUGCGAAGUGUAUCCUAGAGAAAAUUGUUAUAUCAAAGAGAGACAGGAAUGUACAGACACACCAAACCGUACAUGUGAAGAAACACCAGUUGAGACAUGUACACCAUACUCAAGACAGGAAUGCCGGAAUGUACCACGUGAGAAGUGUUACAGUGUACCGUACGAGGACUGUGAAACUGUAGAACAUGAAUAUUGUUUUGAUAAACCUCAGGUUAAGUGUGAAUCUAUUCCAACCAAGCAUUGCAGUACACAUCCUGUUGAAUUACAUACGAAGUACCCUGAGAAGGUAUGUGAGGAGAAGGAGAUAACAGUUUGUCAUAUCAGAGAUAUUGAAGUUCCAGAUCAGAUCGAGGUGAAAAUUCCGCGGAAAGUUUGUGAGAAAGGAUUUUUUAGUUUGUUUCGACAAAAACAAGAGAUACAACAACAACAACUACAGCAACUACAACAACAGCAACUACAGCAACUACAACAACAAAUACUUCCAAACAUAAAUUAA